AUGUCAUACGCCAAGCCGACCUUUUCCAGCAAACGCCGCGCACGCACUCCUCCACACGACUCCACCGACAAACUCCGUAGUGUAAAUAACAUGUCCGACACUGCCCAUCUCAACAAUAAUAAUAAAAAUAAUAACAGCCGUCCUGAUGCGAAACGCUCCCGCAAGGAGGGCCGCACCGUCCACCACCCGCACGAGGAGGAACUGCGACUCUCGCAGGAGUUCACAUCGCAGUGCGAUGCCGCGGUGCAGCGGGUGAACGCCCUGCUCGAUCGCGCCCAACAACGCGAGGAGCACAUCCAACGCACACUGCAGGCGAGUCUCGACCGCUCCCCGCCCCGCCCCGCCAGCCGCUCGCCGCAGUCCAACACCCGCCUCUCCGGCCUCUUCGGCACCCCGCAGGUCCCGCAGGCACCACCGCCAACCCCCGCACACCCCGGAGAGAGUAGCCACAAUCGUAACAAGAGCAAUAAUAAUAAUAAUCAAAAUAAUAAUAAUAAUGAUAAUAAUAAUAAUAACAGCGCCACAGAGACAGCCUCCACGACUGGCUGGAUAAGUAGAAUGCUCUGGGGAGCAUCGGAGACACCGGCGUCCCCACUCGCAACAGGCACCACGCCGCUCUCAAAGCAAAUGAAGUCGCCGCAGUCGGCGGAGAGUACACGGGGGCAACAACACACACAACAGACGCAGUCGUGCAGUCCCCCGCCCGCCUCACCAGCGGAACAGAAUGCCUCGCUGUUGCAGCGCGCCGUGCAACGACUCUCCGGCCGCUUCUCGUCACCACCACCACCACCACCGAAAACAGAAAGUCCACGACGCUCGCGGAAGUCCGUUGCGUUUAAAGAACCCGAAGACUUGGUGACUCUCACACCCCCACGUCCUACUGCAAAGACUUCAUCAGAUGAAAACCAAAAGGAGGAUGUUGAGCCGGCUCCGCGGGGUUCACUGGUGUAUCCACCAGCACCACCACCGUCUGCAAAGAAGGAAAGCCGCAGCCGCAGCCGCAGCCCGUCGAGUGAAGAUGAAAAGGAACAUAAGGGGCCGGAUCUUGAAACACCUGAUGUAGGUGCUAUCAUCCGCGAGUUUUCACAGGCACGAGCCCUUCGGGAACUCACCAAGGCGGAUUUACUGGCUUACGCCAAACAACACCACAUCAAUGUAUCCAUGUCAAGUACGAAGAAGGAGAUGUUUGAAGUGGCGCGACGUUUGGCUAAGGAUAAUGUAGAGAAGGCGAAUUAA